AUGUUUUCAAAGACCAUAUCUGUUACACAAAAAGCAUUGCUUGCGUCUUAUAAGGUUUCUUAUAGAAUUGCUAAAUGCAAAAAACCCCAUGUAAUAGGAGAAACUUUAGUGCUACCUGCAGCUAUUGAUAUGGUAGCUACGAUGCUAGGUGAAUCAUAUGCUGAUCAACUUAAAAUCAUUCCACUUGCAGAUAAUACGAUGGGAAGAGGAAUAUCCGAUAUAUCUGAAGAUGUUUGCGAUCAAUUAAUAGAAAAAGUAAAACUAUCUUCUUUCGCGUUGCAAGUAGAUGAGGCUACAGAUGUUCUUAAGGAUGCACACUUGAUUACAUAUGUAAGAUAUGUUGUGGAAACUGAUGUUAGAGAAGACAUGUUAUUCUGUAAACCUAUUGAAGGCAAUACUACAGCAAGUGAAGUUUUUAAUAUGAUUGAUAAAUUUUUCAAUGAAUAUAACAUUCUGUGGGAGAACUGUGUUGGACUAUGCACAGAUGGAGCUCCAUCUAUGGUAGGAAAAAACGCUGGUUUACAGGCACUAGUUCAAAAGGUGGAUCCUCGGGCAAGUUGGACGCAUUGCAUGAUUCAUAGACAAUCACUUGUUUCAAGAGAUAUGGGUGAAGAUUUACUAACAGUAUUUUAA